AUGGUAACAUUCAAGGUUAUCUUAGGGUUAAUAUGCAUUGGAUAUGUUGCUGCAUUUAGUGCAGUACCAAUUAUAGUAGCUUCUCAUAAAUUAGUACCAGGACUUGGAGAGAUAGAGAAGGAUGACGAAGACAUGAUUAGUUCUGAUUCCAUGACAAAUAUGAUAAAACAAUUGAUUACAGAAUGUUCAUCAGAUGUAUACGUUAUAGUGAAUCUGCCAGGACUUCGCUUAGAAGACAUUAGAGAACUGGAAAAGGAGAACUGGCCACACACUCGGAAAUACUUACAUAUGGCAUCUACUGUUAAGGCAUAUCCAUGGGUUGAUUCACCAUUAGAUCUUCAAUAUUUGGAAAAAUAUAUUAUCAAGACAUGUCAAGCUGAAACCAUCAAUGUUUUAAACCAAGAUGAUAAUGAAGUUAAUGAAUAUAUAGAUGUAAGGACAAGAGUGAUCAAAGUUCAAUUGAAUGAACUUUCAAAUGAUCCAAAUGAAAGAGUACAUUCAGUUAGAGGGAAUGAUGAAUUAUUAAGAAAAAUCUUGAGAAAAUUACCAUCUCCACAUUAUACAUUAAUCAUUACGUCAGAUACUCCAAGUGAAUAUCAUCCUAUUCCAAAUAUUAUUAUUCAAGAGAAUCCAAAGAAUUUUGAAAUUUUUAAUGAUAUUGUUAAUGAUCCACUUCGAGAAAUUGAAGUUGAAAGAAAUAAUAAUUUCCAUAAAGUUGAACCAAUUUGGUCACCCCCAAGACAUACAAAUGAUAGAUAUUUAAGAAAUAAGAAGAAGGAUGAAAUUCAUGUAUUUGAUUUUGAACUUUGGCAAAAAAAUGAGAAGUUGAUUAUGACAAUCUUGAUGAUGAUAAUUGGAUUAAUAUUUAUUAAAUUUACUUCAAUUGUUAAAUUUUUUGUUAAACGGAUAAAAACACCUGUUAGAAAGGGCCCUUUACUUGAAGUACGCAAAGAUGAAUAA